CCCGACUUCCACUCCGCGCCCAUCUCGGUUCCGUCAUGAUGCGAGUUUGUCGUCCUGGUUCUGAUUCUGGUUCUGGUACCGUUUUCGUGGAACCACUGCACAGAGACCUACCCUAUCUAGGUACCCUACCGAAUACCUUACCUAAGGUACCGUUGGGACUUGGAAGUGAAUGUGCGUUUGUCACACUUGCCCUCUUUGCUUCGCCAGGCAAGCGCCUUGCACCUCGAUGGCGCCUGCCUUUUCCCAUAUCCCAUUUCCCAGUGUCUCUUGGGACUCUUCCCAGACGGUGACACGAUUACACGGUGCCAGGGUGCCACCACAGCUUGCAAGCAAUCCUAAAUAGUCAUAUAAUGUAAUCACGUAAUCUCGCCGAACCGCCAAAUCACCUAAAUACCCGAUCCCACCGUGACCAACCAACCGUAACGAACUGGCCGUGCCGUAACUGCCUGCACCACCACACGCACUACGUACAGUACAGAGUACCACGCACUACGCCCCGCCGCCCCUGCCCUGCGCUGCCCGUCGCCUCGCCUCGCCUGUCUCGCCUGCCUCGCCUACCUGGGCUUGACGCCGUCUUCUCUUUCCUGCAAUACCGCUCCGCUCGACCUCUUUCCAGGUGUCCCGGUGCCCGUUUCAUUCCCAGACACACAGCAAUUGAGUGCGCCAUUCUCUCCCUCUCUUUCCCUCUCCCUGCUCGCUCUCACUCACUCUCAUUCUCAUUCUCAGUUUCACUUCACCCAUACUCACUCUCAUAGUCUCAUUUUUCCACGUCCCUUUUUGUCCUUUCUUUUCCCCCAUUAACCUUUUUGCCUGGCCUGGUCUGGUCUGGCCUGGUCGUGUCUGGUUCAGUUCAAGGGACCCACGACUGAAUCGACCUGCUUCCUGAACGGACACUUCUUCCCAUCUUUUGGCCUUACUCACUCCGUCGGCCAACGCUUCCAUUCCUAGCCUUUCAACUAACUAGUUACCUACCCGUCCAUCCAUCUACAUUCCUAACUCUCCGUCUCUCGUUUCAAUUCUCAUUCUCUCCCACACAAACACGCCUUCCCUCUUCAUUUCCCUCUCUCUCUCGGUCUCUCUCUUUUUCUUUCUCUUUCCCCCUCCCGCCCUCCAUCACCAGCCCGACCGCUCCCCCCACCGACCCCCAUUGGACCAUUCCACUACUGCACUGCGCACGCGACCUACCGCGUAAAGUGGCUUGGGCGCAGCGAAGCGACCCAGCGCAGCGCUACCACGGAUACUGUUACCGCUACUACCACUACCGCCGCCGCUACCACUACUACCUACAUACAGUCUGUCCACUGGAAUACGGGCCACAGCACCCGAACCAAAACACUCUACCCUCUCUUCCCGUCACUCAGCAUUGUUGUGACCCCCCCCUGGUCUGGGUAUCAAGGGUCUCUCAAUUAUUGGGACUUCAUUUCCCCCACCAUCGUCAAAGCAGCCAGAUCCAAUCUCCCUUGGCCCUUUUCCCUCUCGCUCUCCUCUUGCCGCACGAUUAACAAGCACGCCCUCGCCUACCCUCCGACGCCGCCCUAUUGUUCCUCCGCCCCCCUCUUCGACCUUCUUGCCAUGAUCAAGGGUUCGCUUCAUUCGCCCCGAAAUCCCUAGUUUUUUCCCUUCGAACACACAGGCUAUCUUGCCCUCCUCCGCGCCCCCGACGACCAUGUCCGUUUGCGUCGAGCAGUCCUUCCCCCCAGCCGACGACGACGCCAACGUCACGAACAACAACGUGCCCCGAGAUCCUCGAGACCCCCGAGACCACCACCACCACCCCUCCACUAUCGAUAGAAGACAGUCGCGAGACGACUACAAUGCUAACGCCAACGCCACGGAAGAGUUAACCUCGAUUAUGACCGCCUCCGCCUCCAUCCUGACCACCAUCCUCAACACGGCUUCCAACCCCGUCUCCCCCGGCCCCUCCAGUCCUCCCCUUGACCAGGCCAAGAGCAAUGAUUUCGUGCCCCCGACUCGCCCGAGCAGCACUCCCUUUUUACAUCCCGACCAACGCAUCUCGGACUGCUGCACCCCCAUGGCCGAAGACGCCGAUGCCUACGGAGGCCCGGCCGUCGCCACCCCGACCUACUCCCUCGACCCUCCCGAAGCCUCGCCCACGCUGAACCUUAACGACCUCCCCGCCGAGAUCCACGAAUGUAUCCUCGACCACCUGUUCGGCUACCGCGUCUCCACCUCCUCCAAGAGCUCCGUCGGCAUGCAGAGCGUCACCAAGAGCUGGGGCACCGCCUUGCGACAUUCUCGCCGGAGGGAGUUGUCCGAGCUCGCCCUCGUGAGUCCCGUAUGGAGGAUCCUGAUCCAGGAGCGCCUCUAUCGUCACAUUAAGAUCAAGGCCACCAUCGAGUCCCUCGAGCUGGCCAUGGCCUACUUCGGCGAGCAUGCCCACCUCCGCCGUUAUGUCAAACACAUCGAGAUCUGGUUCCCCGUCUUCCAGCCCAAGUAUGGUCCACUGGCCUUGAGCACCACCCUCGCUCUCCCCACCGUCACAAUGGACGGCCUGACGAAUGCGACCUACACCCUGCCCGCCAACAACUGCAGUCUCGAGGAGGCCUUCACAUUUGUAUUCCUCGCCCUUCCCGACGUCUGCGUGCUGACCAUUGAAGGCGGCGAGAGGAAGAAGGCGCCCAAGGUGCAGCACAGCUGGAACAGGCGUCCCGCCGGCUGGCAUUUGCCCACCCUCGAGUCGGUGCGCACCCUGGUCACCAGAGGACAGUGGAACCUGAUGCGCGACGACUCGGAUUUCGCGGCCGUCCUUGGUGCUCUGCCAAACUUGACCGAAUGGCACGGCUCCUACAGCAAGCCCAAGUCCAAGAGCUAUCUGAGCAUGGCCAGCAUUCUGCCCAAACUGCCCACAAACCUGACCUAUCUCAACCUAUGCCUCGAGAGCGACUACCGCAGGGAACUCGCCUGUCCACCGUUUUACAUGAAGGUUUCCAACCAAGUCCACUUCUGCACGAGGCUGGCCGAGGCGACCCCGGCGCUCGAGCACCUGGCCUACACCGGUCGUGUGUGCAAGAACUUCUUCAACAUGGCGGCCAUCAGAUCGGACCCGAGAACGACGCGCCUCAAGACGAUUGACCUCACCGUCAAGAACUGCUGCCGCCCCGUGCCCCAAUUUCACGAUUCGGGAAGCGGCAUCCAGGACAUGAACUUCAUCCACUCGUUCGAGAUGCUCGUGCUGGCAGGCAUUCACUCCAUGUCGACCCUCAAGGCUCUGGACUACCUGCGGAUUCGGUUUGUGGACUUGGACUCUCCCGUUCCUCCCCUGAACCCCUACUUUGUCUUGAGGGACGGCUGGUGCUCCGGUGUUUGGAGCGAUAACAUCCUGGCAGAGCUGAAUCGAGUACGGCCAAACGCAAAGUUUGAGCAGCUGAGCGAGUCAUUUGGAGAGGUCGGGUUUAACAAGGACGGGCGUAUGAUCAUUAGCCCUGAUUAUCCCCGAUCCCGAGUGUUGUCUCUCAAGCUGGCCAACUACGCUCUCCUGGCCGGCAGCGUCGCUGCUCUUCCCUGAUUUCCUCCAUACCGAACUCGGGACGCAGACCAAGCCGGUAUAUCAAACCCCGCGUCGCGUUUUCUUCUAUUUUUCUUGUCCUUUUCCUGAUUUGACGACUACAACAAUAACAACAACGAACAUGCAAGCACAGCAAUAAGGGGAUCACAUGAGGGGCGUUAAUUCGAGGUUUCUGCGCCAUAGAUGGAGAGCAUCAUACCCCUAAUUUGGUUUGGGAAAGUUCUGGGUCUGCGAUUCUCUUGUUAUCUCGACGGAGUUCGGGCUUGGCACAUGGGCAUGAUGGGCAAUUCGGAGUCUGGCGGGAGGAAAGAUUUGUUACUUUUUUUAUUUUUUGAGGCAUCCUGUCCCUUUGGCUCUUUGCAUUCCAAGAGCUUGCGUUUCUCGUCUUGCUCUUACAGACAUGGUCAAAUAAAAAGUUUGCUCU